GAAGGUGGCCUGAGGUCUCCCACGGAGGCAACUUCCUGAAAGAAGACUUGACCUGCGACCUUGAGUUGCACUGAGAGGCGCUGCCUGGUCCACCUCUCCGGCCAGCUGCCCCAAGCUUGAAGAGGUGCUGGGAUCGGGCUGCAGCCUUGAUCCGCUUGGAUGCCACCAGAGGGCAAGGGCUUUCUCCCUGUGUGGGCAUGGGGGUCGUGGAGGACUUGGUCUGUGGGACCCCAGCCCCUCCAGGCAAAGAGCUUGAGGCCUCCCCUCCAUCUAGCCCACACUCGGGAGCAGCCGCCUGCCUUCCUGCACCUCCUAGCCAGUCUGCCCGGAGAGCUCUCCUGGGUGGGGCCAUGGCUUAGGGUGAGGGCUGGGACUUGCCAGUGGCAGGGGCCUGGUCCCCACACCUGGGCUCUGGUUCUCCCCAACUUGUUUAAUGGACAUUCAAGCUAAAAGCACAUUCCUUAUCUCCUUUCUGCCUUCCCUCCCAUGUCACAUCUCUCCUGGACACCAGCUGUGCCCAGCCGUCCCUAAAUUCCAUUUUCUCCAUAGUUGUGUCCCUGCGGCAGCUUUGCUUCUAGUUCCGGGGAGGAGUCCAAGCUGAACUGGUCACUUCCUAGCCCCACGCUCAGAGCUUCGAGUCUAAAUGUACUACUUGGGCUCUUCUCUCCCUGGGCAGGGGGCUCUGGGGAACGCAGGUGCUGUAGGAAGCGGGGGGCCAUGCUGGGGACAGGAGGUACAGAAAGGUGGUGCCCCUUUUCCCCAGUCCACCUGGAGUGACGUCUCUUUUGGGCUGGGGUAGCCCUCCUGGAGGGGUGGCAGGAGCUCACAGCUGGGCCAGUCGGGGUCUGCUGCUCUGUCAGGGUCCCCUGGCUCAGGAUGGUGCUCUGUGUCCUCCGUACCUCCAGAAGGGCCGCAGCCCAGACGCAGCCCAGUGAAUGGGGUGUGGGAAGGAGGGGGUUGGACACACAGGUGGUGCCCAGGAGCGGUGUCAGAGCACAGGCACCCACAGCAGGUAGCCAGGUAUCCACCUGAGCUCGAAGGAGGAACUCCAGCUAGGACUCUGGUGGCAGGAGAAAACCCACAGAACACGGCCACCACCCUCUGCAUCUGCUCUCCCAGCCCUGAGGGGCGCCUGGUCUGGGGCUUGGCUCUGCAGGGACAGCCAGACUCCAUCAGUGCCCAACCCCAUGCCGGGCCCUGACUCCGGACUCAGCUCUGCCUUACGAAGGCCCCAGCUGGGAGUAGGCCCAGUGUGGGUGUGGGGCCCUUGCUGCCCCCAAAACCUGGGCCCCUUCUCUCAGUGUUACUACUUUGUCUCUUGUUGGGGCUUUGUGAUUGGUUGGGGACCCUGAGCCCUGAAGCUCCCCUUGCUGAUUAUGCAGGUCCAGGCUGUGGCUGGAGAGCCAGGCGGCCUCAGGGCUUUUGUCACUUAAGGCCUGGGUUUGGCACUGCCGCGAGGCAGCUGCCUGAAUGUAUUUUUUAUGAGAUUCCAUUGAAGUAAACUAUAUUUUCUUCAUCUCUCCUGCUCUUUGGUUUCUUUUGCUGCAGCUGACAGUUUCUCAGCCAUGUUCUGGUGACCACUUUGGCCUCUUCCAACAGGAGACCACCGUCAACACUUACUUCCCUUCCCUUCCCUUCGCGACAGUUUCUUUGCAGCCCCCCCUUUGUAUGCCCUCUGGCAGCCCGGGUUCAGGCCAUAGCCCCUGAGGCCCUGCGGAGUUACCCUUUCCUACCAGGUUUUAACCUGCGCCCCAGGCGUCGGGCGGGAUGCCACGGUUUAAGAUCCAGGGUUUCAUGCGGACGGAGAGCAGGUCCGGCCCAGCGCUGGCGAGCCCUGAGCAGGCCGGGGGCAACCCGGGUGCUGUCACUAACCCCGGCCCAGUAAAGAGCUGCCCAGGCUGGAUGGUCAUGGGGGAACCGGGUAGAGAGGAGUACAAAAUCCAGUCUUUCGAUGCAGAGACCCAGCAGCUGCUGAAGACAGCACUCAAAGAUCCAGGUGCCGUGGACUUGGACAAAGUGGCCAAUGUGAUUGUGGACCAUUCUCUGCAGGACUGUGUGUUCAGCAAGGAAGCAGGACGCAUGUGCUAUGCCAUUAUUCAGGCAGAGAGCAAGCAAGCAGGCCAGAGUGUCUUCCGGCGUGGACUCCUCAACCGGCUGCAGCAGGAGUACCAGGCUCGGGAGCAGCUGCGCGCCCGCUCCCUGCAGGGCUGGGUCUGCUAUGUCACCUUCAUCUGCAAUAUCUUUGACUACUUGAGGGUCAACAACAUGCCCAUGAUGGCCCUAGUGAACCCUGUCUAUGACUGCCUCUUCCGGCUGGCCCAGCCCGACAGUCUGAGCAAGGAGGAGGAGGUGGACUGUCUGGUGCUGCAGCUGCACCGUGUUGGGGAGCAGCUGGAGAAGAUGAACAGGCAGCGAAUGGAUGAGCUCUUUGUCCUGAUCCGGGAUGGCUUUCUGCUCCCAACUGGCCUCAGCUCCCUGGCCCAGCUGCUGCUGCUGGAGAUCAUCGAGUUCCGGGCAGCAGGCUGGAAGACGACCCCAGCUGCCCAUAAGUAUUACUACAGCGAGGUCUCCGACUAGGCCUGCCGAGUGUUGCUAGGCUUCCCCGCCAGCAGCACCAGCCUUUCUCCCACCCCUCACCCAACCUGGCAGCGCAGCCUUUGCUCUCCCCAACACCUGUUCCUUCCAGACUUCCAACAGCUCCUGAGGUUUCCUGCUUACCCAGUGGUCCUGCUCUAAGCACCUUCCCUCCUUCAGGGGUUGGGGAGGACUCCAUACAGACUAGCUCCCCCUCCCUACCCCACAGUCCUCAGUCUCUCUGCCUGGCCCAGGUGGUUAUGCAGCUUCUUUGUGCCUCAGUCUCCCAUCUGUAUAAUGGGCCCGUAGCCAUUGGUGGGACGGUUUGGAAUGUCAAAGGGCAUAAGUGCAGCGCACAAGUCACACCAAAUACUGCUUCUGAUACAUUUGUAUAAGCACGACCUUGGAAACAGGUGCUUCCUGCAGUCGGUUUUAAUGAGUGGCGGCCCUGCAUCAUAUGCUCCAGUGCAGGGGGAGUUUUCUAAUAAACCUUUCUGAUGUGAAAA